UUUUUUUUUGUUAAUAUGAUCAUUUAAUUUGGUUUAUCUCACAAUAUUCACUAUCACUCUUUAUUGAUACCAUGACAUAUGGCAAGUUCUCCGCUCCUCCUCCUGUCGCUCCUAAUCCAACUCAUUUCCCUAAACUCAAUGGCGUGGUUACUGUUGAAAACUGUUACUAUUAUCUCUCCUUUUUGGAACGUUUUUGGACUUUUAUGGAUACAAUGACCCUUCAGGAACAACGACAUUAUCUUGCUCGUGCUGAAGUACGAUAUGAAAAAUGGAUCCACAAUCAUUUUAGUCCCAUGUUGGUACCUCCUCUAGAUAUUGCAUUUAUGUGGCAUGUGCAUAAACUUUCUCCUUUCCGCUGUUACGAAGAUCUUGUCUUACGCUUACCUUGUAAAAAACUCUUUGAUGAUCCACUCCCUUUGUAUGACCUCUUCAAAAAUGAAGAUCUAACUCCUAACGACCUGAAAAGAUGGAAACAAACUUUUGGCGAAGAUGAACCUUAUCAUUUGACCAACCAAAACAUGUACUCGGGAACAUUUCAACGUCCAUGCUACCGUUGUCGACAAGUGAUCGAAUUACCAUGGUCCAAUUAUUACGAUUACCGAUUUGGUGCAAACCAUACUCGUUUUCCUCAUGAUUGUGCGCCUGUAGAUGGUAUCAACUUUUGGGAUGUAGCAAGAAUGAAGUUAGAAUCUGAUUUGAUGAAUGGUCCAGUAGUCGCAGGAACGCUGUUGAAUCCAAAUGGCAGCGUAAAAGUGACUCUCAACAAAAUGAUAGCCAAGAUCAGACCCAUUCAAGUCAUUAUCCCUCAAAAUGAAAUGGAUUACGCUUAUGAACGACAGAUUCAAGAACAACUCAAAUUCCUUGGACCCGAUUACGAGUAUGAUGCCAAUGAAUUGUUGUAUGCUAUUCGAACUUCUUAUCAAGGCAAUCCCUCUCCAUUCUCUAAUGACCUGAUUCAAGCAGUGGCUAGACAGCGCAAAUUCUAUUCUAAUAUUACGUCCAUUCAUUGGCAAUACCCUAUUAGUUACAUGUCUGCUAUUCGACGAUACCACGAUCAUCUGGCUUUAAUCAAAAUGCAUCCUAAUCACAAGGCUAUUCCAACAAUUGAAAUCGAUGUGGCUUUCCAUACACAUAUGAUGGAUAGCCUUAGAUACCACAAAUUUACGAUCCAUCGCGUGGGAAAGCUGAUCAAUCACGACGACGAUAUUCCUGAAUCAAGCAUCAGAAAACAUCUUAGCGAAUGGCAAACCUUGUGGAGUAACCUGCAGCAUCGUUCCAUUGAACAUCGAUACAAAUUCACGAAAACACGUGCAACUGACGAACUGGUUGAAGGGACCUUGAAGGUAACUCCAUCGAUAUUUCCAACAACUUAUCAGCCUGGCAUGGUCCGCAUCCGUCAAGGAAAAGAAGCAAGAAACUUAUACACCACCUUAAAUGAGGAAUUGGUCCGUUCUAAUAAUACAAAAGCGACAAUGAUCAGUAUACACAGUAAAGGUAAGGAAAAAUAAUCAGGUUAAAAAAGUGCGUUAUAUCUCUAUAUCAAGCACCUUCCUCUUUCAUCUAGAUGUCAGCUGCAGCUUUUCUAUGUUUGAUGAUCAAUUGGAUAUGAAGAGUCUUCAGGAAUUUGUAGCAGAAGGCAUGCAAAACAAUCCUUAUGGCUAUAUUGGGUAAGACCUGUUACCAUCCAUAUGAUUUUUACUAUAUACUUUGACACUGAUCUUUCAUGCUUUUUUAUUAUUAUUAUUUAUUUUAUUU